GCACAAUCAAAACUCAUUAAAGCAGUAGGGCCCUAUAAUUUCCGCGAUGCGGAAAACGCGGACGGAAUCGYGGAAUUGUGUAAAACGCGGAAGUUCACGGAAUCUGCUUAUUUGGGUGAAGUUCUGAGGUAUUUUGGUCGCUAAUGCGCACCGUAGAUGCAGCUGCCUGGCCACACACACACACACACACACAGAGCGGAGCAGAGCGGAGAGGGGAGAGAGAGGGGGGAGAGAGAGAAAAAAAAGGUAAUGGCGAAGCGGCUUUCAGGAAUGACGAUAUCCUCGAAGAAAUUAAAAAAUGCUAAGCUUAGCGCAAAGUUUAGGGCAGAACAGUACCCCAGCGAUUUUUAUGAAUCUGGAGAACAACUUUUCUGUAAGUUUUGUCAGCAUACUAUCGACUGGAUGCGUAAAAAUACAUGUGAUGACCACUUACAGUCAAAGACUCAUCUCAGAAACAAAGAGAAGAAACAAGCGAGCGCGCGACAGACACACCAGCAAACGCUUCAACAUUCUUCUACAUCACUUGAAGUGAGGCGUGAGUUUAUCGAAGAUUUUGUUGCUGUGUGUGCCGAAUCUGACAUUCCUUUAGAGAAAAUGAGGAAGCUUCGUCCGUUUUUGAUGAAACACUGUAAGCAGGGGGGGGGGGCUCUGCCAGAACAUGUGAGCAGCCUUCGUCAAGUCCACCUACC